UUCCGCAUGACUUUAUAUCAAUGUAAGCUACUCUCGGUUGAUAUUUUAGUCUACAAAGUGUGAGUUUCACAACGAUGCGCAUUCAAGACACUUACGAGGAAGAAUAUGUGCAAACUGCGUGUGUAUAUGUACAUACAGAUUUUUAUCAACAGUUAAUAAAACAACAUACAAUUUGGAUAACACUGUAAACUCACCCUGAAACGAAUUCGGGCACGGAGAUGCUGACAUCAGACAUCUUAACGUAUCUUGUGUAUACGUAUCUUCGAGUCGCAUUUGCAAACGACAUAUUCGAGAAAUGCAACAGCACACGGCCUUUCAAUUCCACGAUUGGCACAUGUUUGAGGCAAUCAACAGUUGCUCAAUGUUUGAACGAUAACUAUACUACAUACGAAGAUGAUAAACGUUGCCAGAACAAUGGAUACAUCAAAUGUUCAAAUCUCGGCCUGCCAUGUAUACCCGAUAAGUACAUACUUGAAAGAUUUUUUCUUGAUGAAAAAGCCUGCGGCCUUGACCUGAGCCAGAACUUGAUCGACGCCCUACCCGAUUACGCUUUUAAAGACACGUCCAAUCUAUCAUUUGUUUACAUAAGCGGACUUUAUCUAAAUGAAAAUCGGCUGCGCUGGAUAUCCUCGCAUACGUUUGAUGGAUUGUCACAUUUGAAAUAUCUAAAUUUGACCGAAAAUUGCCUUGAAUGGAAAGACAGUUUUCAGACAGGCAUGUUUAUGCCUUUAGAAGCGAUCGAAGUUAUCAACUUUAAAAGGAACAAAUUCUUUGAUUUUAUAGAGCUAGAUAACGAAUUUCAUUACAUGACUAAUCUCUCUAAACUGUACAUCAAUCCGUAUAACGCAACGGGGAACUUUACCCUCGGACCUGGCUUCCGUAAACUUACGAAAUUGACCAGGAUAAACUUUGCUGGCAUAAGUCCCAACGAUUGUUCUGUCAAUACUAUCACACAAAGUGUGUUUGAAAAUACUCUGAAUGUGCUAGAGCUAUCACUUAGAGAGUGCAACAUCAUUGACAUUGACGAGCAAGCUUUGCUGCCCUUGAACAACACAGUGGCAGAACUGGAUCUGUCUUACAACAGGAAACUUAGUUUUACGGGCAUGAAUAAGGCACUUAAAGGUCUGCGUUACUCACAGGCAUUGAAAACAUUGAGAGCCAAUAUGAUCUACAGCAAUUUAGAGCUUGGAAUUGAGUUUAAGGAAGAACAUUUAGAAAACAUAAAAACAUUACAAAACAUAGAAACAUUGAACAUAGAUUUGAAUAAGAUUGAAAUUUUUAAUAAGAAAGUGUUUGAACCAGAAUCGCAGUGGCCGACCUCGCUCAGAGAGCUUACACUCGCUGGUAAUAGACUAACGGCUGGGGAAUACAUGAAAUGCGUUUUUAUGGCUGAAAAUAUCACACACCUAGAUAUUUCAAGGCAGCAUCUCGAUUAUGACCCAUUCGCCAAUUAUGGCAGGAUGGAUAAGUCAACUUCACUAUACAACAGACAUAACAAAAUGCAUACAAAUAUUUCGAAUCACGAAUUCCUGAAACUCAACUUAAACACCAUAGAUUGGUGGUCUGUGUUUAAAACUUCCCCCACAACGUUCUCUUUUACGUGUGAAUGUGAUAACAUGUUGUCAGAAAAAGUGAUGUGUUUGCCGAAACAAAUUAACACAAUUAAAUGGCGAAAAAGUUUUAUUUAUUCAGCUAUUCCACCAGCUGUUGUAUGCGGUGCUUCACGAUUAAAACACUUAGACAUGUCUUUUAACCUUUUUCACACUUGGCAAGGCCCAGUUUUGGGUCUCGGUAACCUGGAAUUUCUUGACCUCUCAGAAAACUAUUGUAAGAACUUGACCACAGAUUUCUUCCUUGGGUUUCCGAACCUGUUAGAAUUAAAUAUAUCAGGGAAUAUGUUAGGUCAAAGCUUUAACCCGUUAAAGAACAACGUCUCACAUAAGCUUUUCGCAAAUCUUCAGAAUAUUCGAACAAUCGACAUGUCGUCGUUAAAGAUUGUGGAUUUAUCACAAUCCUUGUUUCAAAACAUGACAUACCUUGAAAAAUUGAACCUUAGCAACAAUUAUAUAACAACAUGGACAACAGAUCUCCGCAGCCCCUGUCUUUAUCAUCUUGAUGUUUCUGGAAAUAAGUUAUCAACGCUCCCUGAAAACCUUACGACGUAUCUUGAGAAUCUAACGAGGAGUCCAUGCAACAAAGGUCGAAAUGUAACACUUGUUCUUGGUAAUAACCCUCUGGUUUGUUCUUGUGAGCAACUGCCAUUUUGGAAAUGGCUUAAUGUCGCAAAAGUUCAAGUGUACGGGAAAUCUACUGACUUUUGUAUGUUAAAUGGAAAACGGUAUUACUUGUCCAGUGUGGCUAAUUAUAGUCGUGUUCUUGACACACUUAGCGAUAAUUGCAGAGACAGAUACUGGGUAAGCUGGGUUAUCGGCGGUGUGAGUGUUAUGUUCGGAAUUCUUAUGACUAUUUGUGUAACCAUUGCUUUGUACAAAAACCGAUGGAAAUUGAGGUAUAUGUAUUAUAACAGAAAGCGAAGACAUACCCACCAAGGCUUUGAGUGCCUUUUCUCGAACGACGCAAUGGUAUCAUACGCAAAGGAUCGAGCUAGUUUCAUCAAGAAAAAAGUUGUCCCAGCUUUAGAGAACAUACAUCAACUGAAAUUGUGGGUGGCAGAUAGAGACAGCAUGCCUGGUGCUUCAGUAGCAGAAAACAUUGUUCAUGCUAUAUAUACCAGCAGAAAAACUGUCCUGCUCGUAGACGAGAAAUAUCUUAACUCUUCCUGGUGUGUUUAUGACUUGAACAUGGCUCGUCUGGAGUCAGUGGAGUCCAAUAGAAACCUGAUCAUUGUGGUUAUGAUGGAACGAAUCCCAGUAAUGAAACUGCCUCUUAAUAUUAUGAGAAUGCUACGGAACGAAAUUGUUCUUGAAUAUCCAGAAAACGAACAAUAUAUUGACGCUUUUUGGACCAACCUAGCAUUGGAAAUUAAAAAGUAGGAAGUAAUCAUUAUUUGAAGAUGCACUGUUGAAGUCUAUUUUACACUGUUUAAUAAUUCUAUAUAUCGAAUAAUGCUUCCAGAAGAACUCAUGUUUGUAUAUUUGUUCAUCGCUAAUAUGCUUGAUAAUUCGCAAAUCAUAUUUCAUAUUUUAAAUGAGUGUUUUAUGGAGUUUCGCUUGUCACAUACCUACUUUUUCGGACCUUACAAUCGGAUAUGGAAAGUAAAAUGGCACAGCACCUGUUAAUAUAGAUAAUAAAUAAAUAAGUAAAUUACUGAAUGAAUGGAAUGAAUUAAUGAGUGAAUGAAUAAAUGAAUGGAUGAAUGAAUGAAUGAAUGAAUAAAUGAAUGAAUGAAUGAAUGAACGAACGAAUAGACGAACGAACGUACAGGCGAACGAACGAACGAAAUGAUAAAUGUAUGGAUUGAUGAUGAAUGAAUACAUGAAUAAAUGAAUAAAUAAAUAAAUACAUGUACAUAUGAUAGUUUGAGAUGUCAAGCGGGUCGAUCAAUACGAGUUUUGGAAUAUUAUUAUUUAUCAUGAGUUGUCUCUUAAGAAACAAAACGAAAAUUAUAUCACGUACCAAACUGUUAGUGAAAGUGAAAUACUUCAUUUAAAAUGAACCGUCAUAUUACUUCCUGUAAUAAUUUUCUAAUAACAGUCGCUUGACAUUUGUAUUGUGUAGAAAUGAAGGGUCAGACAUGAUCACCUCAUCACACUUUAUAUGUAUACCAAGUUUCAUGAUCAUAUCCUAUGUAUUUUUCGUUUCUGCGGACGGACAGACGGACGGAUGGGUGAAUAUUAAAAGGGAUUGAUAUGAGACAAAAUUCAAUUUAAUAGCUACAUGUGAAAAAGAUACAAUACUGAGGAGUCUGUGGCACUCUGUGCAUGCAAUGCAAUAAAUUAAACAAAACUGCGAACAAGUAUCUUAUAUAAAUGUAUGUUAAUUAGCAAAUAUCACGUACAAAUCAAAA